GGCAAUCAUAAAGAAGCAAAUGAGGAAGAAUCAAGAUAUCCUUCAUUUGAAACUGUGGUGGAUGGGACUGGAAGAGUUCGAAGAAGAGCUAUUUUCUCUGACACCCUGGAGGAGGAGGAAGAGGAGGAGGAGGAGGAUAGUGAUGAUGAUAUGGACUCUGAUGACAAUGAAAGUGAUGAAAAUGAGGCUGAGGAAGAGGAUGAUCAUGGAAUGGAACCUCCAAGGAAGAAAUCUAAGGGCACAAGAAAUAGUGAUGGCAGUGAUUCUGAGGACUAUGAUUUGGAUGCAGAUCUGCAGGAAAUUCAAGGGAAAGAUGCUGGUCAAGACGGUGCAGUGAAAUCCCUUCCUGGCGACUUGGCUGAAUCCUCAGUGCCAAUCAGAAAGAAAUUAGAACUAAGAAACAAUAACAACAGCUCGGUAACAGCCAAGCUCCAAGGGUUGCUAGAAAAAAUCAAACCAUCAACCGUUCACCAAUCAAAGACAAAAGCAACAGCUGAUGAUGAUGAUGAUGACAGUGAAGAUGAGCAACUUGGUGACACAGAAUGCAGGGAGGGUUCAGAAUUCCAUGGCAAAGAAUCCUCCAAAUCCAAACCACAAAAUGACUCUGAUGUAGAUGACAGCGAGAGUGAUGAGGACAAGAUACAAUACCGGAGUGAGAUGUUGAAGCAAGCCAUGUCAGAUUUUUACAAAGGUCAAAGUACAGUGUCAUUUCUAAGAAGAUUCAUAUAUUCAAAUGUUCAAGAAGAUGGAGAGAGUUCGGAUGAAGGAGAGGAUGGUGAGGUUGGUGGACUCUUCCGAAAAGUGACAAAAACAAGACCUGCCAAGCAGUUAACACAGGCUGAUAUUAAUGAAAUGGACACCAGUCGAUUCAUCCCUCUAGUUACCAGAGAUUGGACCAAGGAUGAGAUGCACAACUCUAUCAAAGACUGUUUUGUAACUGGAGAAUGGAAGGAAAGUGAAAAUGCUCAAACUCUUCUCAAAAUGGACGAUGAGGGUGAUCUUUAUGGGGACUUUGAAGACCUUGAAUCUGGAAAAAAGUUCAGUACAGAUUCAAAAGAAGAAAAUAUGGAUGAAGUAGAUGAAGAUACAGUCCCUAAGGUUGAAGAUAAGGAAAAAAGUGCAAAAGAAAAAUUAAUUGAAAAGAAGCGACGACUCAAAGAAAUGUUUGAUGCAGAGUAUGAUGAAAAGGGUAAUGGUGAUCACUUUGACUCACUGAAAACAGAAAUGAGUCAACAAGCACAGUUAAACCGAGCUGAAUUUGAGGGCCUGGAUGAUGAAACAAGGGUCCAGUAUGAAGGCUUCCGGCCAGGCAUGUAUGUACGCAUGGAGUUCAGUGACUUCCCGUGUGAGUUCAUCACCAACUUCAACGCCACUUACCCAGUCAUUGUGGGAGGACUGUUGGAGAAUGAGAGCAACAUGGGAUUUAUCCGAGUAAGGAUUAAGGUACAUCGUUGGUAUCCCAAGAUUCUCAAGAACAGAGAUCCAUUGAUUCUUUCACUCGGAUGGCGUCGCUUCCAAACCCUUAUGUAUUAUGCCAAGAGGGAGGACAACUUCAGAAUGCGAUCCCUCAAAUAUGCCCGCAAAUACAUGCAUGUGGAAGCAAUGUGCUGGGGACCAGUUACUGUGGUUAAUACAGGAUUUGUUGCCCUCCAGAACAUCACAGACAGAGUGCCUGAAUUCCGUAUUGCCGCAAAUGGUGUUGUCCUAGAAACAGACCAGAGCAGCAAGAUAGUCAAGAAGCUCAAGUUGAUGGGCACUCCUGACAAAAUUUUGAAGAAGACAGCUUUCAUCAAGGACAUGUUUCAUUCAGAUACUGAAAUUGCCAAGUUUGAAGGAGCAAAAAUUGAAACCCAGUCAGGUAUUCGGGGAAUCAUCAAGAAAUUCAGUGGAAACAAAGGGCAUUUCCGUGCUACUUUUGAAGAUGCAAUAAAAAUGAGUGAUGUGAUUAUCCUGAAGACAUGGGUCCCCCUGGAGAUGGCAACACACUGUUUCCCGGUCCGCACACUGCUGCUCCCACCCAGUGAGAAGGCAGCUUGGCAGGGCAUGAAGACCCUUGCCCAAGUGAAGAAGAGCAAGGGCAUUAAGAAUCUUGCAAAUCCCGAUUCAUUGUACACACCAAUCACUCAGCGGCGUGAGUAUGUGCCGCUUCCCCUGAAAGUCCCCAGAGAACUCCAGAAAGCCUUGCCAUACAGUGAGAAGCCAAAGAUCACGCCUAAGAGUGUCCAGGAGCAAAGGGUCUUAGUUGUGAAAGAUCCCAAGGAAAUGCAGAUGGACAUGUUUAUGAAACGGUUGAAGACAAUGAUGGAAGACAAGAUCCACAAGGAAGAAAGAGAGAAAGAAAAACUAAGAAAGAAAUUCCAGAAGGACAUUGAUGAGCGGGAACACAUGCGACAAGUUAGAGAGAAGCGCAAGAAGGCCGUUGCCUGCAGAUUCAAGAGCAAAAAGAAUGGGAAGAAAAGCAUUGUUUGAAACUAAUAGAGCACAUGUUUUAUACUGGUCUUGUACAUGUGAAAAAACAAACAGGCAUUGUUAUACAUAAAGUGUUUUAACUAAGAA